AGGGGGGAAUUCCAAGCACAUCGAAUGUGCUGAAGUUUUUUGGUUUUUUUUUGGAAGGAACAUGUGCCAAAGUAUGAGCACUUCAUUGUUUUCAGAUGGAAUUAUGAGACCUCUCUUUGCCCUUUUCCUCUCUGAAGUAUGCUAUAAUACCUCCACCUCUCCUUUAAAAACUAGUAAAAUUCAAUUUCUUUUUUUUUUUCCGAAAAUUCAAUUUCAUUUUUUCAAUUAAAAAGAUCAAAUUUUAUGUGAAAAUGAAUCAAUAUAUAUAUAUACAUGUCUUUGUCCUAUAGCUUAUUGCUGUUUGCUCGAGAAACAAGGGUCUUGCUUCUCCAUUAACAGCUUCUGCAAGUUUUGCUUUUUAAUCAAUGGGUGAAGUUGUGUCAUUGCUUUCCAGAACAAGCGCGACAGCUUAUGUUGUCUUUCCUAAGAAACAUGCUUGAACCUCCAUGGCUAUCUUUCCGGAGCUUAAUUUCGUAUUUGAUAGAAGAAUGCAAGAACACGAGCCAACUUAAACAAAUCCAUGCUCAAAUCUUCACUUCUUCAAACCUACUCCAAAAAGACCACCAUUUCUUUAUUUCCCGUCUUCUCUUCUUUAGCGCCCUUUCGGGAUCGGGCUCUCUUAGCUACGCCACUCAGAUUUUUCGACGCAUAAAGAACCCAAACCUCCCCAUCUACAACAUCAUGAUCAGGGCCUAUGCUUCUAAAAACAGCCAAAAUCAUGAUACCCAUUUGUGUCAGGCCUUAAUGCUAUACAAACAUAUGCUCAGUAAUGGCAUCUCCCCUGAUAGCCUCACUUUGCCAUUUCUUGUGAAAGAAUGCACGACGAGGAGAGCUAUUGGCACAGGCACAGGUAUUCAGGGACAGUCUAUCAAGCUGGGGUUUAAUACAGAUCUCUUUGUUCAAAAUUCAAUGAUAAAUUUUUAUUCUGCUUGUGCGUCUGUUAGUAGUGCCAGGAAGCUGUUUGAUGAAAUGUUGAUUAGGGAUAUUGUUUCUUGGAAUUCGAUGAUUAUUGGGUAUUUGAGAUGUGGAAGGCUUGACGAGGCGCUGGAUUUGUUUCGAAAAAUGAAGAGGGGUAAUAUUAUUACCUGGAACUCGCUUAUAACGGGGUUUGUUCAAGGUGGCCGGCCAAAGGAGGCCUUGGAAUUUUUCCAUGAAAUGCAAUGUUUGAGCGGUGAUAUUAAUAUGGCUAAACCAGAUAAGAUUACCAUUGCUAGUGUACUUUCAGCUUGUGCUCAUCUUGGUGCUAUUGAUCAUGGGAAGUGGGUACAUGGUUACUUAAGCAGAAGUGGCCUAGAAUGUGAUAUGGUGAUUGGGACUGCAUUGGUAGACAUGUACGGUAAAUGUGGUUGUCUGGAAAGAGCUCAUGAGGUCUUCAGGGAAAUGCCUAAGAAGGACACGUUGGCAUGGUCGGCUAUAAUUUCAGUAUUUGCGCUUCAUGGGUAUGGUAAGGAGGCAUUUGAUAUUUUCAAAGAAAUGGAAGCAGAAGGGGUGAAGCCCAACCAUGUCACCUUUGUUGGAUUACUGUCAGCUUGUUGUCAUUCUGGAUUAGUAGAGAUUGGUCGCUGGUGUUUUGACAUAAUGAAACGCAUUUACAGAAUUGAGCCACAAGUCCACCACUACGCAUGCAUGGUUGAUAUACUUGGAAGAGCUGGACUAUUUGGAGAGGCAGAGGAACUUAUUAGAAACAUGCCCAUAGAGCCUGACGUAUUUGUAUGGGGUGCAUUAUUAGGAGGAUGCCAAAUGCACGGUAAUGUACAAUUAGGCGAAAAAGUGGCACAACACUUGAUUGAUUUGGAGCCGCUGAACCACGCUUUCUAUAUGAACUUGUGUGAUACAUAUGCAAAAGCUGGAAGAUAUAAUGAUGUGCAGAGAAUUAGAGCCUCAAUGAAAGAACAAGGGAUUAAAAAGGAAAUCCCAGGCUGUAGCAUGAUUGAAGUAAAUGGAAUUGUUCAUGAGUUCUCUACAGUAGGCUCCCCUGAUGUUGUGAUGGAUGAACUAGUUUGUCUCUUGACUACAUUAAGGAAUGAGAUGAAGGCUAACAUUGUGUUAAUGAAAAAUUGAUGGAACCAUGGAUUUCUAGACAAUAUGUUGACAUCCAGAUUCAGUUGACUCAUAAGCUUGUUCACUUUUCAUUUAUUCUGGAGUCUGAUAAGUUAUUGAUCCAGUAGAAUCUUGAUCUUCUUUAACUGCAUGAGGCAAAGACAGGGAACUGAGAAGAGAGAUAUAUUAUCAAGGUUUUCCCGAUACUUCGUAACAUCCUCUGCUUCAAGAGAAGACUGUGUUAAGAAUGAAAUGCUGAGGAAGCCAGGAAUGGGAUGCAGUAUCUUGGAGUUGAGCUUCAGUGUCUGUUAUCAGUAGUGUUUAUCAUUUAUCAGUCAGAAGUUUCUGCUUCUGGACUAAAUAAUAUAUCAAUAGUUGGGUCGUGAUGGCUCAUCCUAUUGCCUUUUUAGAUGUAUACUUCAUAUGAAAACAACUAGUACAUUAAAUUACUCAAUUUCAUUAAUAAACAUUAGUGAAAUGGAUUUCAA